GGCGAGGCCAAUUCUCGAAGCCAAAAAAUAGCUUGACUCGAAUCUUCGAUACUGUCCCUCCGUCCUAUUCCUCAAUUAUAUUUCACAACCCGCCAGUACCAUAUCUCUCCUCGACCUCGAUCCUCGACCUCGAUCCUCGACUUCUGUGGCUACGCUACUGCGACAAGUUUGCAUGUGAGAAAAACAAAAAAGAUCAACAACCCCAAAGAAGAAGAAGAGAAAAAAGAAAAAAGAAACUUCCCUCCUGAUGAAGCAGAUUUCAUUUUAUCCAUCGCCGACAUACUUUUGCUAAAUAGCCCCGUCGCGCCGAGUACCGCAUUCCACAUUCUUCCCAAUGCGCAGUUGAUAAUAUGCCCUGGCAACCUCUUCCACGCAUCGCAUUCGCCGUCGCAACAUUCCCUUUUGUUGCUUCUUCGCCCGCAGAUCUCCCACUCGAACUUGGAGACGAAUUAUACAUAAUUGAGCAAGGUGGGAAGGAUUUACAAUGGUUUCGAGGAUAUCUGGUUGCACCGCCCAAUCUGCUGGCUGGUUUAACAAGCACAAAAGGGCAGACUCUUGAGGCAAGGGUUUUCUCUGGAAUUUUCCCAGCCAGUUGCGUAGAAGUUCGAGAGGUGCUAGGGGAUGAUGAGGGACAGAGUCAGGUUUCUACAGAGGACGGGGACGGAGUUGAUGAGCACGGAUCGACGAAUGGCAUUUUGGCAGACAAGAGUUCUAGUGCUAUUAACGGCGCCCAGGUACAGCAGGUCAGAGGAUCAGCAGAAAUCGACGGCGCAAAUGGACAACCUACCAAGAGGAAGAGAAAGAGUAAGGUUUUCACGAAUGGGAAUGUCAACGAUUUCUCAAUUAUUGCGAAACGAGAACCCGGUGCGCCAAAGCCAGCAGCUCCAGUACCUAUGCUAAAGAUCGGAGACGAGACACCAACAUCUGCCUCGGAGCCAUUGGUGGACGAAAUCGCAUCCUGUCUGAGGGAAUGGCACUCUACAAAUUUGCAUGAGCUUUUACUUUCGAGACAAUAUCACAAAUUGGAUAAGAUGUCAACUUUGGUAAAAACACUGGAUCUUUCAAGGAGGCAAAUUCUGCACAAUGUCUGUACGAAACACGAACUUCAGUCUUUAAGAGAGAAGACAGUCUGGGACCUUGUGAGGGGAAACAAAUUGUUAAAUGGGGAGGUUAUUGUUCGGGAUCCUGCUGCUCGCGGUAGGGUACUCACAGGUGAUGAUUCAGCGGUAGAUGUCACUAGGCUUCAAUCUAUGAUGAGUCUGCUGGAUGAAAAACCCCAACUUUCACUUCCGAACGAAAAUCUGGCACUCCACCAUCUCCAAUUGGAUGUGAAGGCUUUUGUUGGCGCGUCCACAGGAUCCACAACUCUGUCGUUUUUCCUAGCUACGAAAAAGCCAGGUUCGAUAGGCGUAGCACUUUCGGAAACUUACACUGUGGAGGUGCCUGCCAGUGCUUCUCUUUCAAGUAUGGGAAAAUCGGGACAAAUAAGAACUCUGUUUACCGACCUCGCAUCAGCGGACAUCGGAGAUUUACCUUCUACGGAAGGCGAGCUAUAUCUUAUAGUGAAAGUGCAAUCGUCGUCACAAGUCACAGCGGGCAAACCUACAUCACGCAGCGGAUCAAGAGGCAACUCGUUUUCUAGGGAUAGUGUUAGUAAGGAUCGAGAAAAGCCUGCACCUUCUAGCGCUGCAGCCAAGGCAGGCAGGAGGAGUUUGAUGUGGGGUAAAACUAAGAAUACACCUAAUGCUGGUAAAUUAAACUCUCUCACUGAGAACUCCGAACCCAGCGGUGAAUCCCAGUCCAGUCGAGAUGGCGCCAACAGGAGUUCAUCGUCAAGGAAUGGUAGCGACUCAAAACCUGGAACUAUAAGUCAAACCAUCUCCAAGACCGUUGGAAUGGGAGCUCUAAGGUUGAGCUCGCUCAUGAAAAAUCAAGAUGAAGCUGAGCAUGUUAUGACCAUAUGGUCGCCAUCCACUACUCCUGGGAAUGACAAGCCGAGCCCGAGUGAUGGAUGGGAAGAGGUUAUUCGCGAUUUGAUGACGAGCCAAUCCGGUCAGUAUGAAAAAUCUCGAAGGACGGAACGUCUACAGGUAUAUCUGAAAGCAUUCGACAGUCCAGACGCGGACGGGUUGAUCAAGUCUACUCCGACUCUACUGUCUGGGAUCUUGAAGACAAAUAAGAUGGGCUUUUCUGGGGCGCCAACGAAACCAAGGUCAGAUAUUUAUGUUACCCUUGAUGAGGCAUUUCUUCCUAAGCAAGCUCUUCUAUCGCGAUCAAUUGGCAGUGCGAUGCCUGUACCCUCAUCAUUUGUAGGAUCGAAUCUUCAAGUUACUAUGGAAGUGAGAAAAUCAAGCGGAGAGCGGCUUGAGGGCGCUAUCUAUCCCUCCUCGAAUGCAGAUGGCCAAAGUUCAUGGGAGUCAGUAGCAGCCGAACGAGGUGAUGCUUGGAACCAGACUCUACGCUUAUGUAUCCCUCAACAGGAGGUUCCUAAUUGCCAUCUAGUAAUGGUUCUUGCCGACGCACCGAAUCAUCCACUUGCCAUAUGCCACAUCCCACUUUGGGACCAACAAGCCUUUAUGCGAGAUGGACAUCAUUCUCUGCUACUGUAUAAAUACGACGAAACAACUAUGCUACCUCGAGGUAGUUCGACUGGCAAAGGUGGAUAUCUUUCCCUACCAUGGAAUUCUCGUGGCAAGGAUGAUGUAUCAAAGGAUGAGGCCGUUACUGGACCGAUUGCAACUCUUCGUAUUCAGACAUUUUUAUGUAGUACAAAGUUCUCACAGGAUAAAGUGCUUUUACGAUUGCUCAAGUGGAAGGAUCAACCGCCGGGAGACCUACAGCAGCUUUUACAACGACUAGUCUUUGUCUCGGAGAUCGAGAUUGUGAAGCUUCUCAGCGACGUAUUUGAUGCUAUUUUUGGAAUCCUCGUUGAAAAUACUGGGAACGAUGAUUAUGAAGAUCUUAUCUUCAGUGCCCUCGUUACAGUCCUUUCCAUUGUACAUGAUCGAAGAUUCAACCUCGGGCCCUUGGUAGAUCAAUAUGCCGAAACUAGAUUUAAUUACCCAUUCGCAUCGCCUUGUCUCGUGAGGUCCUUUACUCGCUUACUUGCCAGCCCUUCUGACCCGGAAACUUCGAGGAAACUACGCGCUACAUUCAAAGUCGUUCGACAUAUCCUAAAGUUCAUCACUCAUGCAAGAGGGCAGCAGAAAGCGAAGGAAGCUGACAUUGGCAUCACCCAUUCCAGUUCAGGGUUCGGCCGCCAACUACGCCAAAUUUUCAAGGCACUCGAGGGAAUGAUGAGAACUACGGCACCCAUUCUCGUGGGAAGUCAAACAUUAGCUGUUCAACAUUUUCAUACUUGGCUACCAGAGCUUAGCGGCUUGCUUAGCAGGGAGCAGAUUUUGCAUAUUGCCAUCGACUUUAUGGAUUCAUGUGCGUUGGUAAAGGGUAAACUUAUAUUGUAUAAACUUGUUUUAAUUAUUAAUUUUUCUCGAAUGGAUCUAUUUUCUAGGCCCGAACACUUGAAGGCUCUUGCUACGAACACGUCCAAGUGGAUUUUACCGCAUUGGGGCAAAACAACAGAGGUUACUGAACAAUGGAGGGAGCAAGUUCGACUUUGUUGCUCAAUUUUGGCGAUACAAAUGAAAAAUUUGGGCCCUGAGAUCCCCCAAUACAUACCUAAAAUCAUCGAUUCGUAUCUCGCAUUACGUACGGGCGAAGUAAAGUCGCAAACUCGCUUGUCCUUACUCUUCCCCACAUCAUACCCCUUUCCUAGCAAAGCAAUAGCCGAAGAGGCCGAGUUCGACGAGGUGCUUAUUGAGCUUUCGGCAGUCUUGUCUGCCAUUUCAAACUUACCUGCAGGCAUGCAGCUUGAGCUUGCAGAAGGUGAUAUGGCAACUUUGAUUGAGGAUUUCCUGAAUACGCAUUUAAGCAUAUUAGAAUGUGAGGCAUUUCCGCAAAAUUGGUUAAGCGUUCGCAUCUUCCAUCACAAAUCCACACUCAAAACGCUCGAGUAUCUGGCGGGCAUUCUCCUGGACAAAUUCUUGCCUCAUCCCGACGAUGCGGAGAACUACAAUACGGAAUUAUGGAAAGCAUUCUUCACUACUUUACUCAAACUUAUUGGUAGUGAUUAUUUGGCACUGGAAACCUUCCCCGAGCAGAAACGACGAGCAGUAUGGAAGAUUGCUGGCGAUGUGCGCGAAAAUGGUGCCGAGCUGUUGAGACGAACAUGGGAGUUCACUGGUUGGGAUACCACCCAUGAGGAGCGACAGAAAUACGCUUUGGCCAAGAUGGGAGGUUACCAAGUCCAAUACGUGCCUGCUCUAGUCGGACCCAUCCUUGAGCUAUGUCUUAGUGUGCAUGAAGGUCUUCGGCGCGUAGCAGUAGAGGUCCUCCAAACGAUGAUUGUCAGCGAAUGGACAUUGAGUGAGGACUUGAGUGCUAUUCAAACUGGAAUCAUCGAAUGCCUGGAUCACCUUUUUAAAUCGAAGCCAUUAACGGAAAGUAUUUUGCAAAAAUUGUUCAUAAAUGAAUUGUUCACCCUAUUUGAUAAUUUGUCUCGAAACCCAGAUGAUCCGCUGUACAACGCGGUGAAAGAACUUAUUGGCACUACCGAUGAAUUUCUUGAUCUUCUCGUUGCGGUUCAUAGUACGGAUGUCACUGGUGAAGCUUCUCACAUGAUUCAUCGUUUACGAUUGAUGGAGUUCCUCCGGGAUAUGCACAAGGAAGAUAUCUUCAUCCGAUACGUCCAUCAACUUGCAGAAUUUCAAACCAAUGCUGGCAAUCACACGGAAGCCGGACUUGCAUUACGACUUCAUGCCGAUCUGUAUCAAUGGGAUCCUUCGAAGCUACUACCACCACUAGACGAUCCGGAUUUCCCAGCCCAAUCUCAUUUUGAUCGAAAGGAACGAAUUUAUUUCGACAUGAUCAAGAACUUUGAAGAAGGUGAAGCAUGGAGUAGUGCCAUAGCUGCGUAUAAAGAGCUACAAUAUCAAUACGAAGAGAAUGUUUUCGACUUUUCUAAACUGGCUAGGACACAACGAGCAAUUGCCACGAUUUACGAAUCUAUUUCAAAGGCCGACAAGAUUGUCCCAAAGUACUUUCGUGUCAUCUAUCGAGGAAUGGGAUUUCCACAAAGCUUGCGCGACAAGGAGUUUGUGUAUGAAGGCUCUCCCAAUGAAAAGACCUCGGUAUUCACAGAUCGGAUGCAAGAGCAACAUCCUUCAGCACAAAUUGUUACUUCUGGCGAUAUUGACGAUGUGGAAGGACAAUUCCUGCAGAUUUCAGCUUUGAGCCCACAUCGAGAUAUUUCUCAUCACGUCUUCCAACGUUCUAAAGUUUCUCAAGUAGUUAGAGACUAUCUUCUGUCGACACAUCCUCGCUAUUUCUCUACCACAUCUCGCCGUACCACUUCGGGUCCAAUAGGGGAUCACUCUGCCGAGAAAAUAAUUUAUACUACUGCAGAUACAUUUCCAACGAUUUUACGUCGAAGUGAAAUUAUUUCCGUGGAUAGGUAUAAGCUCGAUGCUCAUCAAACAGCUUUGGAACGAAUUAUUCGCAAAACUCAAGAAAUGGCAGCUGUGGAAAAGAGAAUUGCAGAUGGUGAAGAUGAUAUUGCACCACUUCUUGUUGAAGCACUCAAUGUAUCCGUCAAUCCUACUUCCGAGUCUAGUGUAGCAAGGUACAGGGAACUGUUACCUAAUCCUACUGAUGAUGAGGAUGAGGAUGGAGAGGGAGAAGUGAUAGAGCUAGGGCCUAUAGAAAAUGCGCUUAAGGUUGCUUUGAUUGAUCAUGCAAUCAUGAUCAAAAGAUGUCUAGCGAUGUUUGCAAAAUCACCUAAUCUUCACAGUCAGGAUGAUUUACAACACUGUAGGACCUCAUUUUCUUAUCUUCAUCAUGAUUUACUAACAUCCAAUACAGAUUUUGAACAAACCUUCUCACCCGAACUCGCUUCACUUCAAAUUCCCCAACCGCGUCUCUCAAAUACUUCCCCUGGUCUCGUUCCAGGCUGGGCACUUUCACCCACAUCAUCAAAAGGAGAUCUAUUGAAUAGCUCACAGGGUCAUUUGACGCUUCCUCAUUCUCAGUCUUUCACAAAUGGUACCAUUGAUACCAGUAUCCUCGAUAGUCCCAACCACACUCGCGCUACUGCUGCUUCCAAACGUAUCAGUUCAUUCCUAACUCGAAAUGCAACUUUCCCCGAGCGAGAAAGUCGCCCUCUAAGGAAGGACAAUCGUAAGAGCUUCUUUAGUGGGAAUGGAUUAAGUAUGAAUGGAAUUUCCAUAACCAACAAAGACCGAGGUCGAAAAGAAGAGAAUGUAGAUGAAUUUCAGAUCGCCGAAGAACAUGACUUAUCGCAUGGUAAUUUGGAAGAUUCGAAGGAAUGGGUAACACAGUCGGAUCUUUCGGUUCAUCCUCCACAGGGAAAUUAUACCACGAACAGUAUAGGUCAAGGAAGAAGAAGUAGUAGUUCCCAACGUAGACCAGAUACUACAGGAACGGGAAGUAGCCAGGGUAUGGCGGGGCUCGGUAUGGGCAUGGGAAUUGGAAUGGGGAGUAAUGGAAGUGGUCUUGGAGGAAGUGUGAGGAAGAGAUUUAGUAUGUUGAGGUUAGGGAAGAAGGGGAGUACGGUAGGAAGUGGGUUGAGUGGAGAUGUUGUUGAAGAAUAGAAACAAGGUGCUGGGUGUGAGAGGAAGAGAAGAGAAAAGAAAAGAGAUAUUGAUGAUCUGAGAAAAUGGAGUGGAAGGAGAAAUAAUGGAUUUUCUGGGUAUGAUCUUCAAACAUAACAUACUUGUAUAUGUUUCGUUAUACCUGGAUAUUGUUUUUACGAUAAAAUGCAUGGAGGAUGGAGGAUGAGCACCCCUCUACGGAUACACUUUUCUUGCACAUAAAUAUGCUCUCUUCCGCUUCUUCGAGACAUCUUCUGGUUUUCUCUUUUGUUACAUUUGUUUUGAGCGUUGGAGCUGGGGCUAGAGCUGGAGCGGAAGCGGGAGCUAGUUCUGCAUCUGGAAGAAUGGAUAGGGAAGGAAGGAAGGGAGGGAGGGUUGGA